UGUAUAUAAUACUGGGUGUUUCUGUUCGUCCUAGAAUCGUUCUAGACAUCCUAUAUAUUCUGGUUUGAGUCAAACGAUUAACACCUAAAUAUUGAAAAUUAUUGUUAAAUGUAUAGCUAUUUAAAUGGAUAGCAGAAAUGAACAAGAUGUCGACAAGGUCAGUGAUCACUUUCGUUUUGUUAAUCGCGAAAUCCUGAAAGAAGACUGGCAGAAUCUCCAUGAUAAUUAUGAGUUCUAUACUGGAAAAACAUCACCUGUAGACCAAUCAACGCCCAAAAAACAAGUUCUUGUGGACUUUGAGAAUCUUCAGCGAUUCUAUUCGUCGACUAAACCUGAAAAAGAAUUCUGGAUACCGCCAUCGACUAAAUUCCGAAGUUCAACCAAAGAUCAGUACUUUUCUCCAUUUAGCGGUGCCUCUUCAUAUGGCGAUCCCAACCUUUUCAUUGCACCAGACAGCACCGAAUCCUUCCAUUUAGGCAGCAGCAAUGAAGAGAAAACGAAGUCUGGUGGACCGUCAAAAUCCUGCAUGCUUGCACUUUGUUUGUUGGCACUGUUAUUUUUUCUAGCUAUAACUUGUGGGAUUUUUCUGACAGUUCUGCUACCAAAUUCCUCCGAAGCAAGUGAAGCGUCUUUAGCAGGACAGGUUGGAAAUGGAGAACAAGAUAUUACUACUACCACACGACCUGCAACUACCACUCUAUCCGUAACUACUACAGAACCCACGACCACUACACAAUCCGAAACUACUACACAAUCCGUAAUAAAUACCCAAAAUGCAACAAGUACACAACCAAUAAUCACUAAUGUAUCUGUAAUAAAUACACAAUCGGCAACUACUAAACCUGAUGUACAAACUAAAACCACAACUGUAUCCAAAGCUACCACUGACACAAUAACUGCUACUGACCAAAUAACUACACCCGAAUCCGUAACUACAACUGAGUCAAUAACUACAACUGAAUCUGUAACUACAACUGACCCGGCUACUCAACUUGUAACUACUAUUGAACCUGCGACUACUACGGAGCCGGUAACUACAGCUGGAGCUGCAACUACUACUGAAGCUGCAACUACUACUGAAGCUGCAACUACUACUGAGCCUGCAACUACAACUGAACCUACAAUUACUACAACCGAACCAGCAACUACAACCGAACCCGAACCAGCAACUACAACCGAACCUGCAACUACAACUGAGUCAAUAACUACAACUGAACCUGUAACUACUACUGACCCGGCUACCCAACUUGUAACUACUAUUGAACCCGCAAUUGCUACAGAACCGGUAACUACAACUGAAGCUGCAACUACUACUGGACCUGCAACUACAACUGAACCUGCAACUACUACUGAAUCUGUAACUACCACUCAACCUGCAACUACAACUGAACCUGUAACUACUGAACCUGUAACUAUUACUGACCCGGCUACUCAACGUUUGACUACAACUGAAGCUGUAACUACUACGGAACCGGUAACUACAACUGGGCCUGUAACUACUACUGAGCCUGCAACUACAACUGAACCUGUAACUACUGGUGAACCUGCAAUUACAACUGAAGCUGCAACUACUACUGAACCUGUAACUACUGGUGAACCUGCAAUUACAACUGAAGCUGCAACUACUACUGAAUUUGUAACUGAACCUGCAACUACAACUGAACCUGCAACUACAACUGCACCUGUAACUACAACUGAACCUGCAACUACGACUGAACAUGUGACUACAACUGAACCUUUAUCUACAACUGAACCUGCAACUACUAAUGAAUUUGUAACUACAGCUAGACCUGUAACUACUAAUGACCCGGCUACUGAACUUGCAACUACUAUGGAAACUACAGCUACUAUUGAGUCAAUAACUACACCUGAACUUUUAACUACAAUUGCACCUGUAACUACUACUGAGUCAAUAACUACCACUGAACCUACAACUUAUUAUAGGGGUUUUGCUUUUACCCAGGCACGUUACAUGGUGUAUGAAGGUGAAGGUUAUCCAAGAUUGGUUUGUUCUUUGGAUUUAGUUACUCAGUAUAUGGAUGUUACUGUUGAAAUCAAGACGGACAGUACGAAUAUUGGAAUGGCUGAUUUAAAAACUGACAAAGUUACCAGCUUUAAAGAAAAUAUCGUUGUAACAAUUAAACGAAAUGGAAAUGACGUCGAUAUUAGCGUCAUGUUUGAAAAUUAUACAUGUGCAGAUAGUGGUUUGUACAGUUGUACGGCUAGUCAUGAUGGUUUUGACACGGUUACUACACUGACCGAACUGGUAAUAGAAGUUCGACCAAGAUUAGAAAUACCAAGAUAUUUACUAGAGGGGGUACAAUCUCAGACAUUUUCUUGCAACAGUAAAGCAGGUAGUCAAGUCAGUUGGUCAAUAGAGUUUAAUACUGGUACAACUAUUUCGCCAUACAAUGUUAACCAUCAAACAGUGGAAACAUCAGAGGGAUUUCAAUGUAUUCAUCAACGGUCAUCAUUUACUAAAACAUUUGAUAUUGGUUUAAAUGACACAACUUUAUGUUGUAAUGUGAAAUAUGAAAACCAAACUCAGUUACAAGCCUGUGAACAGCUAUACAUUUUAGAAAGUGACUAUUGUAAAGAUAAGCGGUUUGGUUUUAAAGAUUAUCCGUAUGAUGAUUGUUUUCUUCGUGUUUUCUGUCUCUCUGGAACUCAAUUAGUUGAUAAUGAAUGUGAAGAACAAAAUAAAUGUUUUAAUAAAGAAACACAGUUAUGUGAUAUCGUUCCACCCCAAGGUGUUGGAGAUCCAUACUCAUGUUCACUAAAACCAGAUGGAUUCUAUAUACCAAUUAAAGAUAAAUGUCGACAAUACGCUGUAUGUCAAUCGAAACUAAAGUUUAAUCUUCAUUGUGGUUUCGGGGAAUAUUUUACAAAUAACCAAACAUCCCAUUGUUCUACAGACUUAUCAAAAGCUUCAGAACCUUGUUUGUAAUCAUCAAUUUUAUUAUUAUUAUUAUUAUUAUUAUUAUUAUUUAAUGAGAGAGAGAUAAUGCAGAGUGCAAUAUCUUGUUCGUGACGUGAUAGCUUUCUUUUGUAAUCAAUUUUUGUAUUAUUAAAUGCUUCAAAUCAUUCUUCAUGCGAUGAGUUGUUGUGUCGGGUUCAGUAUAUUAUUAAUUCCCUGGGAUCUAUUUAUCAAAUGUCUUACCUCAUCAGAGGUAUCUGCUUAGAAUAGUCUUAAAACUGUUAGAAUUAGUGUCAACACUGUACAAAUUUAGUUACUACUAGAGCAACGGUCAAGCUGUAAAGGACUGGCAUAACUUUUAUCAAGACAAAAAAUUUAUUUGCAAUACGUAUUUUAAACUAUAUUUACAUGUAUCUAUUUAAUGUGUACAUUUUCCCACGUGCAAUUAAUUGUUACUUAGGUCUGGAAAUGGCUCAGCGCUAGUCUGUUUUGGACGCAAUGGAUACAACAUCUUCAUAAAAAUAUGAUUUAUUUUAACAGGCGUAACCUUUACUAUAAACACUCCAUUCCCCUAUUCAGAACAAGCACCAAGGAAAACAAACCCAUCUUUGUACAUUAUGUAGUUUAUUGUUGUUUAAAGUAUUAUAUGUAUAUGUGUAUAUUUAAACUUUAUAAGUUUUUAAACCAAAAUUUGAUAAUUUGUGAUCGCUUUCAAUUAAUAGAUAAAAGUAUAUAUAGAUACAUAA